UGAGAUCAGACAGGUAUCAAACUCCUGCUGCCUCCUCCUUGCAGACCAUUUUCAGUUCAACUGUAAGAGGAACCUGAAGCUCAGUCAGAGUGUUUGAAGAGUCAUGAUGUCUGAUUCCAGGGUGUCCUCAGUCAUCCACGAGUGGGCCAGCUCUUACUCGGGGCAGGCGCACUCCCUGAACCACGGCACGCCGACCAAUCAGCUGGCUCCGAUGGACAUGAUGCCGUACAGCCAGGCGCAGGGACUGGGCAGGGGGGGCGGUGAUGACAUGAUGGGACUGUCUUACCUGCCGUACACGUCCUCCUGUCUCAGCAACAACUCCGGCUCAGGGAGCACAAUCCACCACCAGAGCCAAGCCAACACGCAGCAGGACUUCUCCUCUUUCCUCCUGCCAACCCUGCGGGCCCCCGUAAACAAGAGGAGCAUCAGCAAGGACAGCGCGGAGUACCGCAUGCGGCGCGAGAGGAACAACGUGGCUGUGAGGAAGAGCCGGGACAAGGCCCGCCGGAGGAUCAUGCUGACCCAGCAGAGGGCCCUGCAGCUGCAGGACGAGAACCAGAAGCUGCAGAUGAGGAUAGGGCAGCUGACGCAGGAGCUGGUCUCCCUCAAACACAUCCUGUCGCAGCGGCACCCGCAGGGGGCCGAGGAGGGAGCGGCGGGGGGCUCCGCUAUCUAGAGCCACAGCUGUUACCUGAUUGCAGGCGUUAGAUCGCUCACCUUAAGCGUCUCACAAACGAGGCCUCCUCGCUGAACUCGCCCACCAAAGAAAACGCCGAAAACAUGAGCGACUGGCAGGGUUGUGAGUGCCAUUGAGGACAAUGAGGUCGCGUCCACCCGGGUUUCUUCUUCUGGGGUUUUGGGGCACAUUUACAUUCUAUCAUUGACUUUCAUAAAAGCCCUUUAAAUUGUCACGAUUGGCUUCAACCGUUGAGCCCUGUACGAUAGGCUUCAUAUUCAGGUUAACUUGAGAGUGAAAAAAACUGCUUGGGGUCUUAAAUUUCACAAUGAGGUGAACAGAAGCCACUUCUCAUUUUUUAGCAGAAAGGAAAGGUCAUUAUUUCGCUGAAAUGUCGCUGGUAGAGUCCGUCAGCUGUACUGCUACGUUUGUCUGAAGCGGACGUUGUCAAUGUACAGCUUACCCCUAAAAUGUAUCUUAAAAUAAAUAUCACUACAGGCUACAUGUGCACACCUUCUGACCUUCAACAUGUGGACAAAUCAAAAGCUUCACAGCUUGCUAUCAAUUCUGCUGCGAGUCAAUUCAGUUCGGAUUAGGUUUUUAAAGCCGUUGCAUGGUGGCAAAUAACUAUAAUAAUAAAAUAAUCAAUACGCAGUAUCAAUUCAAUGAAUUUAAUGUUCAUGUUUGGUGUUUGGUCAGAAUUCUCUGAGUGAGUCUCUGAGGGAAGUUCCUCACAACUUCAGUCUUUCCGAAACAAUGGCAACCGCCCCGCUCGCUAGACCUUAACUAAUAAUUGAAUCAAAUUAGGAAGACGUGUGCUGGGUUCAAAUGUAGACAUCGUUAUAAGAUCCAAGCUGUGAGUGGAGAGACCGGUGAAUGCACAGAAACCUUAAGAAAGAUUUGGCCUGAAGACGAGAUCUUCACACACAUGCAUGUUCCUCAGAAGAAGACAAUCUGACCGAUCUUUAUUUUGAUUUAACAAACAUUGGCCAAUCAUCAACACUUCUUGUCAUUGUCAGAUAUGAUUGUAAGUGUUGUUGCCUAACAAAGUUACUCAACCGCCUGUGGUUUGUAGAGGAUUCAAUGAAAUCUAAGUGUGUCUCUCUCUCUGUGUGUAGUAUUUCUUUUGUCAAUAAAUGAGUGUGGGAUUACUUGAAACAAUGUUGAUUUUAAAAUAACAUGCAAUCUUGUGUUUUAUUAUUUUACAGCAGUGUAUUGUUGAAGCAUUACAAUGUCACUUAUGGUCCUUAAAUAAACAAAUUAUGACUUGA